CAUGACCAUCUCAUCGUCUAUAUCUGAUUAGAAUGAAAUAUUAUCUUUUUCGAUUAUUCGAUUUUUUUUUUUUUUUUUUUUACAGGAUCUUUUGCUGCAUAAUUAGUGUAGACACGUUGAUCAACGGGCCGUCGGUGAUCAAAAGCGAUGGUACCAUUGCAUUGGGUUGCAAUCGUUCUCUCCUUUGUAGCAACUAUUCAAAACUAUGCAGGCCAUAUGGAAGCAUCAGCUGACAUAGGCGUUUGCUAUGGAAUGCUAGGGAGUGACCUGCCUUCUGCACCAGAAGUGAUUAGCCUCUACAAACAAUACGGGAUUGAAAAAAUGAGGCUUUUCGAACCUAACACCGCAGCACUCCAAGCGCUGAAAGGAAGCAACAUCAAUAUCACCCUGGACAUUCGAAACCAAGACUUAGCAGAUUUGGCAGCAAGUCAAGACGCCGUGAACUCAUGGUUUAAUACCAAUGUAGAACCCUACCUAAAUGACGUUAACUUCAACUUCAUUGCUGUUGGUAAUGAGGUUAUUCCUGGUUCCUUGGGAGGGUAUGUCUUGCCUGUAAUGAAUUAUCUACAAAAAAUCCUCGACGAUAAAAACUUACACGGUAUUAAGGUGACAACCGUUUUGCCCGGAAAUGCCUUACAAUCUUCCUAUCCGCCUUCGAGUGGUGCUUUCACAUCAGAAGCAAGCAGUGUUAUGAGUGGCAUUCUUUCUUUUUUAUCCGCGAAAGGGUCACCCCUUAUGAUCAAUGUGUAUCCUUACUUCGCCUAUGCAUCAGACCCUACGAAUGUACGCUUGGACUACGCCCAAUUUACUGCAACAAGCCCCGUGGUUCGGGACGGGUCGUUGAGCUAUUACAACCUGUUUGAUGCCAUGGUUGAUGCUUUUUUUGCGGCAAUGGAGAAAGCCGGAGGGGGUGAUGUCGGUGUUGUGGUGUCAGAAAGUGGAUGGCCUUCAGACGGGAAUGGAAAUUUCACCACUCCAAACCUUGCAGGGACAUAUAACAGGCAUUUUGUGAAACACAUAACAUCGAAAGUAGGGACUCCAAAAAAACGUGGUGCUUACAUUGAAGGGUACAUUUUUGCCAUGUUCAACGAGAAUCGGAAACCUAGUGGCGUGGAGCAACACUGGGGACUUUUUUAUCCUAACAAGCAACCUGUUUAUCCUGUAUUUUAAAGACAAACCUUCAAGAAAACUUAUGCAUCCAUCGUGAAAUUAAUAAAAAGUCUCCAUGAACUUGAAAUUUGUGUCUUAAAUAUUUUUCUAAGAUGAAUAAUUCAACUCGAGUGCGAAGGUGGAAGUGCAUUGCUCUACUCAACUAGUAUCUACUAUCAGACUAAUUAACCACAUCUAGGCAUUAAACUCAUUACAAAUAUAUAUUGUUCUGGUCAAUUUUUUUUAGAGCUACUAUGAUAUUCAUUGAUAUAGCAAAUGAAGAAGUAAAAAGUGGGAUAUGGUGUAUUUAUUCGAACUUGAAUAAA